CGGAACUGCCAAAUUGGCCGCGAUUUUUGCAGAACUGGUGUUCACUAAUCAGGCCUAAACAUUAUUUGCAAAUUAUCAUGGCUGAUGUGCAUGCGCCGAGUAAAUAUCGGGCUGUAAUACCGCUUCAGAAUCGACCGGAAUUCUCCGAAGCAUUCCAUUGUCCCACUGGCUCACCAAUGAAUCCGACAAGGAAGUGUUCUAUUUGGUGAUC